AUGUCUGAUGACACUUCCGCCCUCGAUCUGGUGGCCGUUAUAGAGUAUGCGGACAAUGUAUAUCAUCGAUGCGAAGCCGUUGGCGCACACGACAAGGACGAGGUUCUGUUAGAACUCAGCCAAGGCUUACUUAAUCACGAACUAGGCCUCCAGGCGGCUUACAGUGCUGUCUUGACACGCGCUGCAGGUACUCGGCACGGGCCCCAGCCUGACUGGCUUCAAUCACUCCACAAACUCAGCGAGUUAAUCAACCCAAAUUCACCAUUCGCCGAAUUGCGAGGUAUCGUUGGGAUCGCUUGGGCAUGGCGAGAACCGGCGCUAGAAUACACCUUCCAACGGCUUGGGUCGCGUUCCGUCAAACGACUUGCUACGCUCGCUACGCUGCUUCCAUCAUGGCAUUCGGCAGUACAGCGUAUCAACGCGGCGAUGAUCUCGCGACACUUGGCAGCGCAGUCAGGACAGAGGUUUCUCGAUGCAAAAGCAAUCUAUAUCGGUCUACACUUCCCCGGAGAGAAGAUCCGAGAUUGGAGAAAGCCAAUCUCAAAGGUCGACAUCGAAUUUGCACUUCAAAAUGCCGCCAUGGACCCGCCAGUUCUUCUCGUCGGCAGCCAUUGUUUUCGAGAUGAUCUCGAGAGCGACGUCGGUGAGGAUGCAAUGGCGUGUAUGCGAUCAUUCGUUGAAUCCUUUGCACUGGUAUAUAGCCCUCAUGGAUUGCUGAUACCGGAUAAGGAUCCACGAAAAAGACCUCCUCCCAAGAACCAACCUGCCACACCACGGAAGAAGACUCCGGCCGCAUCAACACCACAUACGGAUACCUUGGUGAUUCAGGCAUCAUGCGCGGGGUCAGUCAGGGCAGUGACUCCGGAAGGACCGACGAACGCUCAGCAACCCUCCACACCGUGGACAAGCUGUGGUGGGGAUGCUGCGGAUGGACAGCAGAGCUCAUACGAAGAGACGUCCUCGCCAUGCGAACGAGCCACCUCCACAGCACGUGCAGGAUACAGUGGUAAGCAGUUACCAGGAUACCCACCUACACGGGCCGCUGGACUUCGGCUGCCGACCAGCCUGCACAUACCACGCUCGCCCGAUCUCUUCGUCAGCUCUGGUGAAAGUGACUCUGGUCUAAGUGAUCAGACGUCGCCAGACAUCGACGUGCGUAGUGCGGCAGAAGAUGUUCGCGAUGAGGUCUUCUCGCACGAGCAAAGUCCGAAUGCACCAGCAUUGAUCUACCACGGCCAGACAGAGUCCCAUGAUUCCAGAGACGGCCGAAGCAUAGUAGCCAAUGCCCUCUCUAUGUCUACUGUUGUCGAGGACGAGGACAUUCAUGACGAUGCUGACGUUCCGGAUGAUAUCUGCGAAGCUCUAAUGGCCAAUGACGGGCCUGACCGCGUUGACCCUGGCAUGAGCUCGCCCCUGACGUCUCAAGAUAUGAUGGGGCAAAACACUGACUGCAUGGCAAACUCUGAAAGUGGUCUUCUCGAGCCGAUACCGAACAGCAACGAUGAUGAACCACUGCCACCUCAUGUAUACUGCGAGGAUGAGCGUCCGUACAACCGUGAAUCUAGGGAUGGUGUACAACGAUCCGUUGAGCGUCGCACAGAAAGUGAGACAAACUUGAGUACUGUGCGAGCACCACCAGCCGGGACUGCAGCUGCAUUUAGUCUCAGCCACGAGGAUACUGAAGAGACGACACUGCCAAGGAUCGAGCACAACGAUCCAUCUUGUGAGGCCAUCGAUAGUGUCAGCAGCGAGGCCUUCAACGAAGCUCUCCAGCAGCUAGCCGAAGGCGUCAGCAGCCCUCCUGUCACCAUCGAGCAUGAUUACUUCAGCUUCCCAGCUAUCGGAGACUCGUGCUCUGACAUCUUUGAGAACAACACGCGUACGCCGUGGGAGGGCUUUCCUCCUCCAAGUUUCGAUGCUCUAAUCUCCGACAACAUCUCCGCCUCAUUUACGACAACAAUGCCGGUAUUGGCCUCCACUCAUCCACGAACGAUUUCCGAUCUGCUUGCGGCAGCAAGGCGCAUCGAUGAAUUCAUGACUAAGACCUCCGUGCAUAAGACCGGUCGUGAGCCAUUCGUCGACUAUGCUGCUGUACGCGAGUGGAUCGCCCACCCACAGCAUGUGAGUGGGAGUCCAGUCAAAGUUUUCGAUGGCAGUGCUCCGUUAGUCGCGCUGCCGGAAGAGCCUGUGCAUUUCACACAUCUAGGUGCUUCUUCCCUCGAUAAAGGUGUUCCGACCCCGGCCUGGGAGGUCCUUGUACUACGCGACUACAAUGUUAUACUUGCAGCUGCAGGAAAUAGCUAUAAUUGGAUCCGCAGCGCAGAAGGUCGACAGAUUUGCGUCGUCAUGAGUUCAAGCUCCGACAACGCCGCCUAUCCAGUUAUACUUGAGACAGGAGCAUCGCUCUUAUUGCCUCAUAACUUUACAUACUUCGUGGCUCAGACCACACCUGGGUGUACUAUCAAGGUGGCCACGUACCCGAAGCCAUGA